AUCUCUCAAUCUCUCAAACUCUCUCUUCCUCUCUCUCUCUCUCACUCUCUCUUCAAUCUCAAUUCAACCAUGACAGAGCAAGAGAUCUGCGUGAGGGUUACGAGAGCGGCUGCGAAGAGAAAAGCGAUGGGUAUUGACGAAGAUCGUGUCAGCAAGAAGAGAGUUGUUCUUGGUGAGCUUCUAAAUGUCUCCAAUGUCAAGGUUUUAGCUAAUCUCAAUCAGAAGAGAAAAACCCAGAAGCCAAAAAAGAGUCUUGGAGCUCCGGCGAAACAGAUUAAGUCAGCUCCGGUGGUUAUUGACCUAGAAUCAGAAUCUGACAUUGAUUCUCGAUCUGAUGAUCCUCAAAUGUGUGGACCUUAUGUCAGAGACAUCUACGAAUAUCUUCGUGAACUGGAGGUGAAGCCAAAGCAAAGACCUUUACCUGAUUAUAUUGAAAAAGUUCAGAAAGAUGUAACACCAAGUAUGAGAGGUGUUUUGGUUGAUUGGUUAGUGGAAGUUGCUGAAGAGUAUAAACUUGGAUCUGAAACACUUUAUCUCACUGUCUCGCAUAUUGAUAGAUUCUUGUCUUUAAAGACUGUUAACAAGCAAAGGCUUCAGCUUGUGGGAGUUUCUGCAAUGCUUAUCGCUUCGAAGUAUGAAGAGAUAAGUCCUCCUAAAGUGGAUGAUUUUUGUUACAUUACGGAUAAUACGUUUACGAAACAAGAUGUGGUGAAGAUGGAAGCGGAUAUACUUCUCGCGCUUCAGUUUGAGUUAGGAAGGCCGACGAUUAAUACUUUUAUGAGACGGUUCACAAGAGUUGCACAAGAAGAUUUCAAAGUGCCACAUUUGCAGCUAGAGCCUCUCUGUUGCUAUUUAUCAGAAUUGAGUAUAUUAGAUUACAAAAGUGUGAAGUUUGUGCCGUCUCUGUUGGCUGCUUCUGCUGUUUUUCUCGCUCGAUUCAUUAUCCGUCCCAAACAACAUCCUUGGAACCAAAUGUUAGAAGAAUACACAAAGUAUAAAGCGGCUGAUCUACAAGUGUGUGUUGGAAUCAUACAUGACUUGUAUCUAAGCAGAAGAGGAGGUGCUCUACAAGCUGUUAGAGAGAAAUACAAGCACCAUAAGUUCCAAUGCGUUGCGACCAUGCCUGUUUCACCAGAACUGCCGGUUACCUUUUGGGAGGAUGUUACCAUUUGAUCUGAACCAAUCCUUCUUUUGGCUGAGGUUAUGCUAUCUUUGGCAAAUGUUACGGUGCUCGAUUACCGAAUCUUGUUUCAAAUAGUAUAAGGGACACAGAUCAACAAGUCAAGCUAGAAGAGUAAGAACUAUAGUAGUGAAGGCAGGAGCAGAUAAGUUUGUGUUAUGUGAAGAUGUGUGGUGUGUUGUUGGGAUCUCAUUUUGUUUACAAAAUUAGUGUGUAACUCCGAAUAAUAUAAUUUUAUACAAUUA